GACGGCGGUUACGAGCCCACACUUCUUCAAGCAGCGUUUAUGAGCUCAUUUAAAUUGACAUCAACUAUUAUAAAAACAAUAAAAUACUAAAAACGGCUACUCAAUUAUCUUGCCACGCCUAAAAACAUUUGCUCUCAGACAUCCCCAACUAAACAGAAUAAUCAAUCAGCUCGUCAUCAUAGAAAAAUAACAUGAAUAUUUACAUCAAGUUUUAAUGCCUUGAGUUCUGACUGCCACAUGGGAAAAGCUUACCCUCGACGUAUGUGCCCUGCUUUAAUUUGACUUAGUUAUGGCCGGCGACAUUUUCAAGAACCAUUUCCCAUUAAAUAAUCACACCAAUAUAUUUAUUCCCAAAGGCCCUCUCUAUUAUAUUGUAGUAUGAACUCAUACUAAUCGCAUGAAAUUAUCAAUACUAUACUCUAUCUUAAUUAGUCUUUCCUCCUAAUCAAAUUUUGUUCUCUCUCCUCUCAUCUUUCUAUCAUUCCACUUGUUCUAUUUUGUCUUUAGCUCUUUUCAACAAGAAAAAAAAAUAUUCCCUCUCUCGCUGGCAAAAACUCACCGGCGGCGUUUGUUGUAUUAAUAUUGAAUCACAGAGGCGGUGGUGGCGGUUUUGAUGGCGGCAUAAGCAUUCAUGUGAUUCACGUGAGUGAGCGAGUGAGGACGGUGUGGGACAUCCUUGGGGAGAGAAUGGACGGCGUGGAUCGCGCGGCGAGGAGGCCCAGUUUGAAGGAACGGCUCGGAUUGAAGGGGCUGGGCUGCUGUGGGCCGACUUGGGGGAUUGGGCCCACGGCCAUGAGCGUGAUUGGUGAUGACGAUGGUGAUGGUGGGCCUGAAUCACCUGAUCCGGUGCCGGUUGCGGAGCCGUGCGUGCCGCAGUCGCCGGGGAUGAACCUGGCGGCGGCGCUGGCGGCGGAGAGGCAGAUCAGGGCGGCGCUGGAUUUGGAUAUCGGCGUGGCAUCGAGGGUGUCGUUGAUGACGCUGCUGGAGGAAACGGACGGCUGCGAUGGGGAGGUGAGGAGGAGAGAGGAGGGGGAGAGUGAUUCGGUGUGCUGCGUGUGCAUGGGAAGGAGGAAGGGAGCGGCGUUCAUACCAUGUGGGCAUACUUUUUGUAGGGUGUGUUCGAGGGAGCUGUGGGUGAACCGAGGCUCCUGUCCCCUCUGCAACCGCUUCAUUCAUGAGAUUCUCGACAUAUACUAAUAGGUCGGGAAUUCGAGUCAACAUAUGAAUCAUUGAUGUUAUGUAAAAAAAACAUUGAUCAACAAUAUAUUUGAUGUCAUCUUCUACUCAUAUUAUGCAGUGUUAAUAAUGUUGUUUUAUAGUUU